GCGACCCUCAGCCCCCGCACGCACGCUCGCAAUGUCGGUCCGCUCGCCGGCUGUCGGCAUCGACUUGGGCACCACCUACUCCUGCGUCGGCGUCUUCCAGCAUGGCAAGGUGGAGAUAAUCGCCAACGAUCAGGGCAACCGCACGACGCCCAGCUACGUGGCCUUUACCGACACCGAGCGCCUGAUCGGCGAUCCGGCCAAGAACCAGGUAGCCAUCAAUCCCACCAACACCGUCUUCGACGCCAAGCGCCUGAUAGGCCGGAGGUUCGACGACCCAACGGUGCAAAGCGACAUCAAGCUCUGGCCUUUCACCGUGAUCAAUGAUGGAGGGAAACCCAAAGUCCAAGUGGAGUACAAAGGGGAAAAUAAGACGUUCUUUGCUGAGGAGAUUUCCUCUAUGGUGCUAACAAAAAUGAAAGAGAUAGCAGAAGCGUACCUAGGCAGUCAAGUCACCAAUGUCGUCGUCACAGUGCCAGCUUACUUUAAUGAUAGUCAAAGACAAGCUACCAAAGAUGCUGGAACCAUUGCUGCUUUAAAUGUGAUGAGAAUAAUCAAUGAACCAACAGCAGCUGCUAUCGCUUAUGGACUAGAUAAAGCAGGACCUGGUGAGCAUAAUGUUCUCAUCUUUGACCUGGGAGGUGGAACUUUUGAUGUUUCGAUCCUUACCAUCGAAGAUGGCAUCUUUGAGGUAAAGUCCACUUCUGGAGAUACUCACCUGGGGGGAGAGGAUUUUGACAGUCGCAUGGUGAACCACUUUAUUGAGGAAAUCAAACGGAAAUUUAAGACGGACAUCUCCCAGAACAAGCGGGCAGUGAGACGUUUGCGCACAGCUUGUGAGCGUGCCAAAAGGACUCUGUCCUCGAGUACACAGGCCAGUGUUGAGAUUGACUCCUUGCAUGAAGGUGUAGACUUCUACACAUCAAUCACCAGGGCCCGGUUUGAAGAAUUGAACAGUGAUCUCUUCAGAGCUACACUGGAGCCCAUUGAGAAAGCCCUUCACGAUGCCAAGAUUGACAAAUCUCGGAUUCAGGAUGUUGUCCUUGUGGGAGGCUCCACAAGAAUCCCUAAAAUCCAGAAUAUACUUCAAGACUUUUUCAAUGGGAAGGAACUGAACAAAAGCAUCAAUCCCGAUGAGGCAGUAGCUUAUGGUGCCGCAGUGCAGGCAGCCAUUUUAACAGGUGACAAGUCUGAAAAUGUACAGGACCUGUUGCUCCUGGAUGUCGCUCCCCUGUCUCUUGGUAUUGAGACAGCUGGUGGGAUCAUGACUCCCCUCAUUAAACGAAACACCACCAUCCCUACCAAACAGGCACAGGUCUUCACCACUUACUCAGACAACCAAACUAGUGUCCUUAUUCAAGUCUACGAAGGGGAAAGAGCAAUGACCAAAGACAACAACCUGCUUGGUACGUUCAGCCUGGUCAACAUCCCACCAGCUCCACGUGGACUGCCUCAGAUAGAGGUGAUCUUUGAUAUAGAUGCCAAUGGCAUCCUGAAUGUUUCGGCAGUUGACAAGAGCACAGGACACACAAACAAAAUCACCAUUACCAACGACAAGGGCCGGCUGAACAAAGAUGACAUUGAGCGUAUGGUGCAGGAGGCAGAGCACUAUAAGGCAGAGGACAACCUGAACAGGGAAAAGGUGGCUGCCAAGAACAUGCUUGAGUCCUAUGCAUACAACAUGAAGCAGGCCGUACAGGAUGAGAACCUGAAAGGGAAAAUCAGUGAGGAGGAUGGGAAGGCUAUCCUGGCAAAAUGUCAGGAAGUCCUCAGCUGGUUAGAAAGAAACCAGACAGCAGAGAAGGAGGAGUUGGAUUAUCAGCAGAAAGAGCUAGAGAAAGUCUGUAAACCACUUCUCAAGUUCUUCAGAUGUCCCUGCAGUGGGAUACGUCCAGGAGCCAGCAGUUCCUCGGUGCCCAGCAGCCCAACUGGACCCACAAUUGAAGAGGUUGACUGAGUGAGGUGGCUAAAGGCAUUGGAAGAACUACUUCUUUUUCUUGUUCCCUCAGCAUUAAUGGGGCGAGGAGGGAGGGAACACUUAACUAUGUAUUAUCGAUAACAAACCGUUCAGAUAAUACAAAGGACUCAACUGCUUAUUUCUCUAUCUUACUGUAGAUUAAUUAUCACACAUAUAUUUUGUUAAAAUUUAGAGAUACAGCAGGGUAACAGGCCUUUCUGACCCAACUAGCCCAUGCUGCCCAGUUACACUUGUGCAACAAAUUAACCUAUUCAUCUGUACAUCUUUGGAAUGUGGGAGGAAACCAGAGAGUCCAGAGAAGAGCCACACAGUCACAAGGAGAACGUUAAGCUCCUUACAGACAGUGGCAGGAAUUGAACUUGGGUCACUGGCCCUGUAAUGGUGUUAUGCUAACUGCUGUGCUACCUUGCUCCCUGUUAUUGCUGUCCCUAAAUCAUUGCCUUUAGAAAUUAUCACCAGGUACUCUGAAUUCACAAACAGCAUGCAUGAUUCUUACCAUCAUAGAGCAAUGCAGAACGAAUGCAGGCCCUUUGAUCCAGAGUCCAUGCUGACCAUGGAGCCAUCCCAGCUAAUCCCAACUUCCCAUAUCACUCUAAUCUAAGCCUACCCUUCCAUGUACCUAUCCAAGUGCUUCUAAAAUGAUACCAUUGUAACAGCCUCAACCCCUCUGCUAGCAGCUAGUUAUAUGCACCACCUUUUUAUAUGGGAAAAAGUUGCCCCUCGGUUUCCUUUUAAAUAUUUCCAAAACUAUGCCCCUAAUUUUGGUCUCUCCUAUCCUGCAGCACAGACUGUUGCCUUCCACCUUAUCUAUGCCUUUCAUAAUUUUAAACAUUACUAUAAGGUUGCCCCUUUUUCUCAUAUCUUCCAGAGAAUAAAAACCUAGCCUAA